CUCUAAGCAGGGCCAGCUCCACGACCAUAGACGGCGAUCCCUCUAUCGCUCAUUUCCUAGGUGCGGGCAGCAGAGUCAGCUGGUGGCCGCCAAUCAAACGACGAUGACGGGCAUGGCCAUGGGCACUGCAGAAGCAGUAGUAAUUCCGGUCGAAGAGGAGUUGAAGAGAGCAGCCGAAAAGGUUGAGGCUAACUUCACCGAGAACAAGACCAAGAUCCACAGGUUCCCAGCAAACCUGCGCGGCGUUACCAAAGAAGGCCGAUAUUUGGUACCGAGCGCAGUAGCCAUCGGCCCUUACCACCACGAUUUACCGCACCUGCAGGAGGCGGAGGAGGUGAAGCGAGCGGCUGCCUACUACUUCUGGAGGGACUGGGGGGACUCGGCUCAGGGGGCUGAUCCGCCGCAGUCGGCUGAGGCGGCCUACGAGAAAAUCCUCUCCGUUGCAGGCAACGUGCGAAGCUGCUAUGUUGGUGACACGGCGGCAGGUGGGCUAGUUGCUCCGUCAUUGCAAGGUUGGUUCAACUCCAAACUAGCCAGCAUCCUGCGGGACAUCUUUCUGAUGGAGAACCAGAUCCCAUGGCUGGUGCUUCAGACCCUCAUGUCCUUCAAGCCAGCGCUGGACGUGGAGGAUUUUAUCGCUCGAGCAGGUUUGGGAUUCGAGGCCCGGUUAGACCUAGUUAAAAGGCCUCUCGUCCUCAACGGCAGCUACACACCAGCGCAUCUCCUCGGUCUCCUCCGUUACUACCAAUGUGGGAGCAUCCCUAUCGGAAGGACGGACCUCCACCUCCCUGAAGGCGUCACGUCACUGCCACAGUCUAGCAGUGCCAUCGAGCUUGCAGAGAUCGGCAUCCAGCUUGUGGCCAACGACACGUCACAGCUCAAGGACAUGGGCAUCUACGAAGGAGCCCCUCGCCUGUUCGGGGGAAUUUUCCUAGCGCCACUGGUCAUCGAUGACCUCAAGGCGUGCUGGCUUGUCAACAUGGUGGCUCUUGAGGCCUCCAUCACCACUGGCUUGGGUGAUGAAGAUAUCGUCAGCUCCUACGUUCUUCUGCUCGCGAUGCUCAUGAACCGUGAGGAGGACGUACACGAGCUGCGAGCCAAGGGACUCGUACGCGGCGGGUUCUCUGAUCUUGAGACGCUCGAGUUCUUCAAGAACCUCGUCAAGCAGCUCUUCGUCGGACUUGACUACUUCCGCAUCUUAGCGGAGCUUGAGGCCUACAGGCGUAAGAGGCGGCUGUUGAUCCCAGUACACAAGUUCGUCUACAACAACUUCAAAGCCAUCGUCACGGUGUUCUCUGUUAUCGGUGUGCUCGUCGGUAUCUUCAAAGCACUUAUCUCUAUCAAGCAACACCAGCAGUAGCUAAGAUAUAUCGAUCGCAAGUGGCUGACUUUCAUCCCUAAAGCGGACUUUCAUCCAUAUGCAUACAAUUUGUCUCCAACAUAUUCAGGUUUUAUUUCUUGCUA